AUGACCUGCCCAACUGUCGGGUCGCUGAAAGACGGCAUCAACUUCAAGAAGAGCCCUGUGGAUGGGAAGUGCUACAUCAUCUACAAGAGCAGCGAGGGUCAGCUGCGAGCAUGCAGGAACCAGUGCAAGCACCAAGGAGGCGUCUUCAUCAAGGACAUCGAGGACAUGGAUGGCAGGACGGUCCGCUGUACUAACUGGAAACUCAACAUGGAGACCAUGCAGUACGUCAACCCCCCUGACAGCUUCAUGCAGGAUGAACUCGAGGUUGUGUGGGCAGACGACCCUGAUGGUGGUCUGGACCUUAUGGAGCUGAAUCCUCCUGACCCCUGGCUCACAGACCCCAUGGAGGCCCAGGAGCUGCAGCCCGGUGAAGUGACCUUGAAGUAUCUCACUCAUGCGUGCAUGGAGCUGAAGUUGGGUGAGCGGAAGAUGAUGUUUGACCCCUGGCUGACGGGCCCAGCGUUCGCUGGUGGCUGGUGGCUGCUGCAUGAGCCUCCGCCCGACUCCCUGGACAGGCUCUGCAAGGCUGACCUCAUCUACAUCAGCCACAUGCACUCAGACCACCUCAGUUACCCGACACUAAAGACCCUAUCUGAAAAGCGACCUGACCUACCAAUAUACGUGGGAGACACUUCUCGACCAGUGUUUUGGUAUCUGAAAAACAGCGGGCUGAACCUUACCAACAUCAUUGUGGUUGCUUUUGGUGUCUGGCAAAAUGUAGACAAACACCUCAGAUUCAUGAUUCUAAUGGAUGGUGUCCAUCCUGAAAUGGACACUUGUAUAAUUGUUGAAUAUAAAGGUCACAUGAUCUUGAACACGGUGGACUGCACACGGCCCAAUGGGGGUCGUCUGCCUCAUGGGGUGGACCUGAUGAUGAGUGACUUUGCUGGUGGAGCCUCUGGGUUUCCCAUGACCUUCUAUGGAGGGAAGUACACUGAGAGCUGGAAGGCGGACUUCAUCCGGACAGAGAGGAGGAAGCUGCUCCAUUAUAAGGCCCAGCUGGUGAAGUCACUGCAGCCCAAGAUCUACUGCGCAUUCGCAGGCUACUUCACAGAGGCACAUCCCUCUGACAAAUACAUUAAGGAGACCAACAUCAAAAACAGGCCAGAGGAUCUCAACGCUCAGAUCAGGAAGAGCAGUCCUGACAUCCUCACCUGGACUCCCAAACCUGGGGCUGUGCUGGAUCUGGGUGAAGCGCUGAAACACCCCUCCACUGGGAGUGCCAUAACAGACCCACCAGCUGGAACUAAGGUGUUUAAGGAAAGCUGGGAGUUGGACUUGUACGUGAGAGAGCUCAACGCUGCUAUUGGUGAUGACAUUUUUAAGCACAGAAGCUGGAUCCCAUUUUACUACAACUGGGCAGGCUUUAAAGACUACAACCUUGUCAUUCGGGUGAUUGAAACGGAUAACGAUUUUAACCCUGUGCCUGGGGCCUAUGACUAUUUGGUGGACUUUCUGGAUUUGUCUUUCCCCUCCAAGCGCCCAAACAGGGAACACUCUUACCUAGAGAUGAAGAACAGGGUGGGAGUGAUGAGGAACGUGGUAAAAACCGGUCUGUUGUGGGACGAUCUGUACAUCGGUUUCCAGAACCGACUCAGCAGAGAUCCUGAUGUUUAUCACCACAGAUUUUGGAACCACUUCCAGGCAUGCUUGCCAAUCUCCAGUCCUCAUUGGGCCUCCUUCCUUCAGCAGACUCUGGAUGCAAAUGAUCCUGAGGGUUCCACUUGUGUGAUGUCGUGAUGACCUCGGGGACUGCUUCCUGACAACUAAAGAUUGUAUAAUUCUAUUUCAUUCUAACAGGGGAGCUACACCAGGCGCGUAACUGAUGUUCCGUUCGUGACGCGUAUGCUGCAGCAGUUAAUAAUCACUAUAAUCAAUGGAAUGAAUUUUACGCGUUGUGAACAGAGUGCUUCAGUUACGCACUUGGGCCCGUAUUCACAAAGCAUUUUAUCUUACCACUAAGAGUACUCCUAAAUCGCGCUAGAAGAUUUUAGUUAGGAGUUUUCCCUUAAAAGUUAUUCACAAAGCCUUUCAGACCUACUUUUAGUAAGGAGAAACGCCCACUCCUAAACUAAAAGUGAGUCUUCCUUGCUAUGGUUGACGUCAUUACUCAUGCACGAGCUUGAUGAAAGUGACCACCUUGAUUGGCUGGUGAUUAUAACGCGGGAAUGAUGGCAAAAACCUCCCCUACGAUGACGAGUUGAGUGACAGGUGUCAGGUCUUAGCUGGUGAGAAUGCGUGCGCUAUGUCGGACUGUGAAGGAUGGAAGAUGAUGAAUAAAUGGGUAUAGCCUAAAUUAAUAAAGAGUAGGCUAAAGCAAAUAGCCUAGGAGCAUAAUGAAACAUGGACUGCGCAGUAGCAUUUGCAACAUGGUUUAAAUGAAUCUGUAUGAAAGCACGUAGCCUACAUUCGCGAAGAGGAUAAACAAUUUCAUUUAAUUUAGCCCUACAACGACACGUUACAUUUAGUUUACAUGCAGUGGUGGUUUUUUGAUUGUCGGUGGUGGCGUUAUUGCAUCUCUUAGUUGCAAUGCACAAUGAUUCCCUCGCAUGACAGCUCCUGUAACCGCAUGGUCAUUUCACUACAUCGCGACGUGAAAUGCCACUAAAAGCGGUUUGUGAAUAGGUCUUACUGAGUUAGGAGUCCUCUCGACUUCUUUUAAGCUGUCCUAGACUUAGGAGCUACUUUUAGGCUUAAAAUGCUUUGUGAAUUACUUUUAGUGAGAAAAAUUAGGAGUCCUAAAGUUAGGAGUGACAUGCCCAUUAUUAUGACCGCCGCUAGCAUAGCUAGCGAAGCGGUCAUAUAGUUGUUGUCAAAGUUUUUUUUUUUUUUUCGUCAUUUUUUGGUCAACGAUUCCCGGGACACCGUAACACCGGGGCACAUGAAACUUGGUGGGCAUGUAGCCCCAGUAGACUUGUGCGGAAAAAUUUCGUUUCGUCCCCGGGGGUCACUCCCCCCCCGCGCUGCCCCCGCCCGAAGCCCAAAAAUUGCAGUUUUUCCUACAUAACUACCUGAACCGUGGCACCGAGGAUGACAAAUUUUUUAUGGUAUGUUGGUCUCAAGAGCUCGGAUCAACUUAGCUUAUAACCAGUCAUUUGUGAUUUGCGACCCCAUGGUAAAAAUUGAAAAUGUAAUGUAAUAUUGCUUUAAUUGCCCCUAUCUUCAGAUGAGAUGCUAUGAACUGCACCAAAUUUCAUGUGUAUGAUUAACCUGGCACCCUCUGGGAGUAUGCCAAGUUUUGUGGAAUUUCAUCCAUGGGGGGCUAUAAUACAUGUAUUUAUGUGUGCAUUUAGUGAAUGGUCCCUCAACGUGGCUGUUCUACACUGAAGCCUAGAAUGGCCUGUGCCCCAUGUAGCUGUGUCACUGGCCACCCCCGUGGCUACCCUGUGCUUACCAAAUAAAACAAUUAUGUAUUUAUUACGAUUUUAUAUGAGAACGUCAAAAGCAGAACUAAUGCAACAACGUUCAAACACUGCAGCCUGCUGCCACUGGUGUGUGGCGCUGGCGCUGCUCAGUGAGUGAUAGAUCAGAUCAGAGAGAAGAAGACAAACGAAGAAGAUGGAGUUAUGA